AUGGCCGACGCCGGCGCCGCCAAGCCCGAGCCGGAGAAGAAGUCCUGGGCCGACGUCGAGGAGGAGGAGGAGGCCAAGGCCAAGGCGGAGGCGGAGGCCGAGCUCGCCGCCGCCGCCUCCUCCGCCUCCUCCUCCUCCGCCCCCAUCGAGCCGGCGGUGGAGGCGCAGGCGAAGCAGAUCGAGGCGCUCUCGCUCUCCGUGCCGGACGACGACGGCGGCGGCCCCGAGGGCCCGCCCCUGCUCGACGACUCCGACGACUCCCAAAUCCAGGCCGUGACCUCGGGCGGCACGGUGUACGAGUCGGCCACGACCUUCGAGGACGUGAAGCUCACCCCCGAGCUGCUCAAGGGGCUGCACGACGAGAUGGGGUUCAGCCGCCCCAGCAAGAUCCAGGCCAUCACGCUCCCCAUGAUCCUCACGCCGCCCUACAGGGACCUCGUCGCGCAGGCGCACAACGGCUCCGGCAAGACCACCUGCUUCGUCCUCGGCAUGCUCAGCCGCGUCGACCCCAACCGCAAGGUCCCCCAGGCCAUCUGCAUCUGCCCCACCAGGGAGCUCGCGCAGCAGAAUAAAUCUGUGCUCAUGAGGAUGGGCAAGUUUACCGGCAUCACCUGUGCCUGUGCAAUCCCGUCGUCUCAGAAAGAGUAUAUGCCCAUCAGCAAAAUGGCUCCGGUGACCGAUCAGGUGGUGAUUGGCACUUCUGGGACGCUCACCAAGUGGAUCACCCAUAAGAAGCUUGCGACUAGGGAGAUCAAGAUUCUUGUGUUCGACGAGGCAGAUCAUAUGCUUGCUGAGGAGGGCUUUAAAACUGAUUCUUUAAGGAUCAUGAAGGAUAUACAAAAUAGUGCUGGUGGCUGUCAGGUAGAGGCUUUGGAAAAGAGUCAUUUUCUUUAUGCAGUGGGUUGUGUUCAAUUUGUGCUUCUCUUCUCUGCGACCUUCAACGAGAAAGUGAAGGAAUUUGUUACAAGGGUCAUUAAGGACGGAAACCAAAUAUUUGUGAAGAAGGAAGAUCUUACUUUGGAAAAAGUAAAGCAAUAUAAAGUCCGAGUCCCUGAUGAGGCGGCCAAAAUAGAGGUUAUAAGGGACAAGAUCUUUGAGUUUGGGCAAAAGGUUGGACAGGUUAUCAUCUUUGUGAGGACAAGAAAUAGUACUAAGAAUGUACAUAAUGCUUUGACAAAAGAGGACUAUGUGUGCUCCUCAAUUCAAGGAUCCCUUGACCAAGCAGAGAGGGAAAAAGUAAUUCAGGAAUUCAAAGAUGGAUACACCAAGGUUCUUAUAUCAACUGAUGUUCUUGCUCGUGGGUUUGACCAAGCACAGGUUAACCUGGUCAUCAACUACGACAUGCCAAUCAAGUAUAAUACGAGAGAUGAACCUGAUUAUGAGGUGUACCUGCACAGAAUUGGCAGAGCUGGACGCUUUGGCCGAAAAGGAGCUGUGUUCAACCUGCUAUGUGGUCAAACUGAUGAAGUUGUGAUGACAAAGAUCGAGGACUACUUCCAGCACAAAGUGCCUGAGGUCCCCAACUGGAAAAGCGAGGACAAUUUUGAGACUGCUCUCAAGGAUGCGGGUUUACUUGAGUAA